AUAUAUUUUUUUUGGUAGAGUGGAAACAUAACCUAUUUAUGAUCUAAAACUGAUGAAACUACUAAAAAAUAACUGCAAGAAUGACACUUUUUUCAAGAAGUCUUUCUUCCUUAAAAUAUUCGAAUCAAGCUUUUAAAACUGCUAUUACAUUCCGGUAUUUGCAAAAUUUCGAGCAACGUAAUCCACAAGUUAGAACUAUCAACAUUUUUACAUCUUUACAUAAAUCAAGUGAAGUACAAUCGUUACCAGAUAAGGAAAAAACUCAGAAAAAAGGAUCUAUCUUGAAAAAGAGUUUCAUCACAUGGAAAAGUGUACUAGUCACAGGCGUGGGAUGUACAGCUCUUUUAAUGUACAUGUAUUAUCUUCAAGAAAGAAAAGAAAAAGAAACAGAACGCGAAAGAAGGCGACAGUUAGGAAAAGCAGCAAUUGGUGGAAAAUUCGAGCUAGUCGACUGUAAUGGAAAGACAUGGAAAUCAGAGGACUUUUUCGGACAGUGGGUUUUAAUAUAUUUUGGUUUCACGCAUUGUCCUGAUAUAUGUCCAGAUGAACUUGAGAAAUUAACACAAAUUGUCAAUACCCUAGAGACGCAGUAUAAUACAAAAGUUCAGCCUAUAUUUAUCUCUGUGGAUCCGGACAGAGAUACACCAGAGAUUGUAGGUAAAUAUGUUAAAGAAUUUUCUGACAAGAUUCUUGGCCUCACUGGAAACAAAGAGCAAGUUGCUAAAGUAUGUAAAGCUUAUAGAGUAUAUUAUAGCAAUGGACCCAAGGACCAAGAUUCAGACUACAUUGUUGAUCACACGAUAAUCAUAUAUCUUGUUGAUCCAGAUGGUAUGUUUGUAGAUUAUUAUGGUUUAACUCAUAAUGCUGAACAGGUUGUAAAUAGUGUGAACAUAAAUAAGUACAAAUAUGACAACUUAAAAAAAGAUAACUGGAUUCCGUCAGUAUCGCUUAAAAGCCCAUUACCAACGUAAAUUAUUUAUAUUGUAUUACUAUACUUAACUAUAAUAAUAGUUAAGUCUUAAAUAUUUCCUAUGCAUUUUUGCAUUAAAUGUUAGUAUUUACUUUUUAGUUAUUAUAUUAAUUGCAUAAAGAAUACAGUUUAA